AUGUCUGCUUCCUACGGCCCUGUGGCUUAUGACUAUGACCCCAAGGCUCCUGACUAUGGUGAAUUGCACGUCGUGGGUGACACAGGCAUCCAGCAAAGAGCCUGGCCCGGGAUUGUCAGCAUUCAGGAUCCCAGGCAACCAGGCACAGGGCAUGUCUGUGGAGGGUCCCUCAUCAGCACAGAGUGGGUCCUCACAGCCGCCCACUGCUUCAACGAUACCAAGAACAUCAACACGUGGCGCGUUGUUACUGGGGCCACUCGGUUGACUCAGCCGGGCCCCGAGGUGCAAAUGCGCCAGAUUAAGCAGCUACGGGUUCAUGAACACUAUACUCCUGGUGAGGAGAAGAAUGACAUUGCCUUGCUGAAAUUGGACCAGCCGGUCCUGUGCAGCCAUUCUGUACAGCUGGGCUGUCUGCCUGAUAGCACACUGAAUGUGCCAGAGCUGAAAACCUGUUACAUUGCUGGCUGGAGUUCCACCACUAUGAGAGCCAAAAGACCAAGCGAUGUCCUGCAGGAGGCCAAGGUCCACCUCAUCGAUGCCCAGCUCUGUAACAGCAGCCUCUGGUACACAGGGGCCAUCCACACCCACAACCUGUGUGCUGGUUACCCAGAGGGUGGCAUCAACCCCUGCCAGGGUGAUGGUGGUGGUCCUCUGGUGUGCAAAGCUAAUGAGGCUGCCUACUUCUGGCUUGUUGGUGUGAGCAGCUGGGGAAAGGGCUGUGAGAGGGCAAACCAGCCUGGAGUCUUCACCUCCAUUCAGCACUUCUAUGACUGGAUCCUGGCUCAGACACAUCUGCCUCCAGACAGAAGGGAAUCGAGACAUUUUACAACCACCCCAGUUACAACCACCCCAAUUACAACCACCCCAACUCCUCCUCAGAAGCCAAGGCCAAUACCAACAUCAAUAACAACACCAAUACCGACACCAGUGGGCAGGUUUAGCUCCUGCCCAUAUUCAAUCCAGAGGCUGGUGGAAUUUUUUACUCAGCUGCAGAGGUUCCUUCAGGCCCUAAAGAGAAAACUGGCUAGAGAAGCAGGAUGA